ACUCUGUCGAGCAUUUUCUGACGUGACGUACCACGUUUCAGAAUACAAACCGAUACAAACCUGUACAACAUCCAUGGUUGAGUUACUAGUUUAGCGAAAAUGUUCAACAAAAAGCCCCGGAGGAACUUUCGGCGGAGAAAAGGUAACUCCAGUGACGAGGAGGAUGAUCAGGAGAAUAGAGGAGAUCGAGAAGAAAGUGAGAAAGCUCCACCUGCGGUGAAUAAACCGUCCAAACUGGCCCAGGGCCGCGGUAUUACUUGCAGCUCCAAGCGGGAACCCACGCCUCCCAAGCCGGACAGCAGUGACGGAGAAGACGAUGAGACGCUGGAAGUUACCGAAGAAAGAGAAGAGAGGAAUAAAGACAGUGAUGGGUUUAAGACAAAAACAAACGCCAUCCUCAGUUUCUCUGACGACAAAGAAGCUGAAGAACCAUCAUUUAAACUGAAGAGGUCCUCUGAUAAAGCUGUACUGUUCCAAGUAAGAAGGAAGGAGGCUUCACCUGCCAAGACCAACCAAAGCACAGUCCCAGCAGGUGGAGGUGUCCCAGCAUGUGCUUCUCCCAGGCAAGAAUAUGACAGUCUGGCUUCACCAUGUGCUCUGCACCAUAAUAAUGAUGAUAAUGAUGACGACGAAAAUGGCAAUGAUGAUGACAAUAACAGUGAUGAAGGUGAUGCCAGGUCUCCCUCAGCUAGCUCAGCCUCAGACUCCAGCCGCUCUGCUACUAAACCGGUAGUUAUCCCUAAUGCUGAAGAGAUCAAGGCAGCCAGGUGGCAGCGCCGCGCCACCCGAGCCCGGAAAGAAUUCCUUUCCCUGGAUAGAGAUGGCCACAGUUCCGCGGGUAGCACCCCAGAUCACUACAGCAGGGAGGAUGAAGAAGACAGAGUGGAUGAUGAUGAUGAUGAUGAGGCAGAUGAUCAUGAGAGAAGAAUCGAGUUUGCACCAAGACUGAAGAGCAUUAGAGAGAGGAUUGCCGAGAAACUUGGAGAGAGUGAUGGAAGUCUCUCAGGAACUGAUGGAGAAGAGCAGGAACUUUGGGAGGAGACACAAAUUGAGAAGGGAGUCAAGAGACGGCCAGGAGAUCAGAGCCCAUCUGGCAGUGAUUCCAGCAGCUACAGCAGCAGCAGGAGAGACCGACGACGACAACACAAGAGAUCAACAGGGGUCAGAUCCCUAAAGACUCUUCCUCCCAUCAGUGUUUCAAUGAUCAAGAAGAGGAUUACAGCAAAACUAGACUCCUUGAAGGAGGUGCACAGAGCACGGCAGGCAGAGUUGAGGAGGAUGGAGGGCGAUGUUGAGAGUGCUAAAACCUCUGCGGAAACUCUGGAGGAAAGUUCAUCAGAGAGCCAGCUGAAGUUUUACAGGGCUAUGACCCUCUUUAUCCACAACCUGGUGGAAUGUCUACGAGAGAAGAUUGUUGAGAUCAACUCACUGGAAUUGGAUUUGCACUCUCUGCUGUCCGGCCAGAUGGACGCGCUGUUAGCACAGAGACGACAAAGGACCAAGGAACAGGCUGACCGCCUGCAGCAGCUCAGCUAUGGAACCUCAGCCAGUGGAACAGAAAGUCAAGGUGAGGCCAACUCUGCUGUUAAAGCUGAAGAGGAUUUGGAUAUACCUGAAGACACACAGCCCUCAGCAGAAGAGGAGGAGCAGGUGCAGAAGAAGAUAGCUGAUAUCCUGUUGAGGUCCCAGACAGUGUUUUCUGACGUCCAGGACGAUUUUAGCGAUGUUAAGAAGAUUCUGUCCCAUUUUGAAGAAUGGAGAGGAUCUUACUCUGACUCUUACCACAGUGCCUACAUCUCUCUGUGUCUGCCCAAGUUGUUGAACCCCAUCAUAAGACAUCAGCUACUGGCGUGGAACCCACUUAAGGACAAUAUUGGUGACUUUGAAAACCUACCGUGGUUCACAGCAGUGGAGACCUUUUGUCAUGGUCAUGGCCAUGAGGAGCUCGAGCACACAGACAGACAGACACUGUCUAAUAUCAUUGAAAAGACCGUCCUACCCAAAAUACAAGCCUAUGUGGAGCUGGUGUGGGAUCCCAUGUCCCGCCAUCAGUCCGUCUGUCUAUCCGAUGUUUGUCACCGACUGAAGGAGGACUAUUCCAUCUUUGAAGGAGAGCAGAGUAAACCGGUCAAGGCAUUGAAAGAGGCUGUGAUCUGCAGACUGAGAAGCUGUGUAGAUGAAGAUGUCUUCAUCCCUCUUUACCCCAAAGAGUUCCUAGAAGACAGGUCGUGUCCUCAGUGUCGCUUCAGAGAUCAACAGUUCUGGACAGCUGUAAAACUACUAGGUAACAUGGGAAAAUGGGAUCUGCUGCUUCCCGAGUUUGUAUUAAAGGAACUGAUGUUGGACAAACUGCUGAACCGAUACUUGAUGAUCACCAUGUGCAGUCAGACACUGGACAACAAUGCUGUCCAUGCAUGCAGAAAGAUAGCAGAAAGUCUGCCGCUUUCUUGGUUCAAAGGAGAGAAUGCCUGUUUGCCUCAGCUCCAGAAUUUCAGAAACCACCUAGUUCAGAAAGUUCAUACCAUCUGCAAACAGCAGCCUCGUGAAGAUCCAAACACUAGGUCUUCUGUGGUGGAAAUGCUACAGAUUUUGAGUAGAAUCAGGUGCAAUGACUCCAUCAUGGCGAUAGCAGAGAAAUACCACUAUGAAGAUGUCAUCUACUCUCACCAACUGCUGAACCAAGAUACUGCAUGAACAAACGCUGUGGAGUGGAUGGUGGAUCAAACGUAGUACACUGUCAUUUUAAAAGCAAGUCAAACUAGGAGAGUAACUGAGUGGCCGCUGCCUUGUGGACUAGAUCAAAUAUGGGAGGAGCCAUGAGGGCAAUUGAAGGAUAGCAUAAUGGUGCUUUUGUGGUGGCGCUUAAAUCAUGGGCCAA